GGAAGUAGCCAAAACAAACAUUGAUUUCUCUUUCAAAUCAAGCGUGACUUUCACUGGAAUUUUCCAAGUCGACUCAGCACGGCUCUGAUAUUUUUGGUGUUUGUCGCACUCACUCAAUCUGAAAUUUUUUGUCUUUUUUUUAUGGCUCAAUUGAUGAAAAUCGCCAAAACGCCGCCGGAGUUGCGGUGGCAGAGGGGGAAAAUGUUGCCGGUAAAGAGGGAAGUGGAGCUUGAAACCUCUUCGGAUGAAGAACUCUGUCCACUCAACAAGCGAUCCAAACUCUACUACUCUCUGCAACAGCAACUGGGUGUAGGAGGUGGUGGUUUUCCAGUUUCACCAUUGCAAGACGGCCCUCUAGAUGAGCCCAGUCCGUUAGGUCUGCGGCUAAGAAAGAGCCCCUCACUGCUGGAUUUGAUCCAGAUGAGGCUUUCUCAGGGGAGCACCUCCAAGGUGGGAAGUCAUGGAAAGAAGGAGCAAAAAGGAAGCACCGGAAUGACUGAAAAACUCAAGGCCUCGAACUUUCCUGCUUCAGUUUUGAGAAUUGGGAGCUGGGAGUAUAAGUCAAGAUAUGAAGGCGAUUUGGUCGCAAAAUGUUACUUUGCCAAGCAUAAACUUGUUUGGGAAGUCCUUGAUGGUGGUCUCAAGAAUAAGAUAGAGAUCCAGUGGUCUGAUAUUAUGGGUUUGAAAGCAAACUACCCAGAUGAUGCGCCGGGAACCUUGGAUGUAGUGCUGGCAAGACAACCUCUUUUCUUUAGGGAGACAAAUCCGCAACCCAGAAAGCACACUCUUUGGCAAGCAACAUCAGAUUUUACCGAAGGACAGGCUAGCGUACACAGGCGACAUUACUUACAGUGUCCGCAAGGCUUGUUAGGAAAACAUUUUGAAAAGCUUAUGCAGUGUGAUCCUCGUCUUAACUUCCUGAGUCAACAAGCAGAGAUAACAUUAGAUUCUCCUUAUUUUGAGUCCCGGAUAUGUGUAUUUGAAGACCCACAUGUAACUGGCCGUGAAUUUGAUCUGAAUGAUGAGGGAAGUCCAAAUUUUCUCGACUUGCAAAGUGCCGCUUCACCUUCAAGAGCUCGUAGUUCUUCCUCCAAAAGUCAGCAAGAUCCUGUUGGUAGACCUUUGGAAUGUAUUCACCAAGAGAAGCCAUCCCCAAGCUCAGGGGCAACUGAAGAUCUUAAGAGUAGGGAAGUGGAGCAACGGAAAGGGCUUAGUAACCUCAAUCAACUCAGAGUGCCUGGAAAGAAUCCCUCCGUGUCAAUGAGUGAUUUGGUGAGCCAUCUUGAGCAACGUGUAUCAGAGCAGAAGACAUCUAAAGGUAUCAACCUUGCCUGUGAUGAACGGCAAAGCUUGGAGAUCCUGGAAGAGAUCUCCAAGUCCUUGCUUAGUGACACUCAAAAUGUGACAGCAUCAGAUGAGAAAUCUCUUAUGUCAAGGGUCAAUUCUCUGUGCUGCCUCCUUCAAAAGGAUCCCGCAACAGCUCAAAAGGGCGAGAACUGUGGUGUUGUUGUGCCGGGUGAAAAAAGAGUGAAUGAAUUAAAUUUCAUUCCCACAGCACCGUUUGGAAGAGAAGUUGAAGAAGAUCCUUCUACGUCAGACAAUGAAUCAAAUGAUCUCUCCAGUUGUAAGCCAGCUCCAACAAUGUCAAGAAAGGACUCGGUUGGGGAUCUGUUGCUCAAUCUUCCAAGGAUAGCAUCACUGCCCCAGUUUUUGUUCAUCUGUGAAGACUCUGGUAACCAAGCUAGAUAGUUUUUGCUCAAGUCACAUUAGAUAAUCGUAAAAAAGGAUGGCUGUAGUUCUAUUGUAUAUAUCAAAAGUAGGUUAGCCAACAGUGUGUUCAGUUUAGGAUUGGAUCUUGGAUAUACCAUUUUAGGACUGUCCAUGUAUAGAAUGUAUUCGUGCCUUUGUAUCGAAAGUUAGUGCUGUGCAUGUUUUCCAAUCUUCCUGUUUGA